GAAACACCUUACGCCCAAAAAGAUAUUUCGAUUAAUAAUUUCUAAGGUUUUUACGUUUAAGCGUUAGCUGUGUCCAUGUAGUCUCUCCCGUAACCUGUCUGCUAGGAAAUAGCAAUCAUUCUCCAGCCGUGAUCUUGUGAAUGUAGCAUAACGUUAAUAUAUUGCAUCAGUUUGACAGCUUGACAGUAUGAAGAUCAACUCGUGUGUCCAGCUACUGCUAACGUUAGUUGGCUUGCUACCUAACGCAAAACCAACAACCAUAAAAGAAGCCCUUGUGAAAUGGGAGGAGAAGGCAGGAGAGAAGGUGGGGGAGGCGAAAGCAGUCAAGCUGUAUGGUCAGAUUCCUCCUAUUGAGAAGAUGGAUGCUUCUCUCUCCACCCUCAUCAACUGCGAGAAAUUGUCCCUGUCUACAAACUGCAUUGAGAAAAUUGCCAACUUGAAUGGCCUCAAAAACCUACGGAUAUUAUCACUAGGGCGAAACAACAUCAAAAAUCUAAACGGACUGGAGGCUGUUGGUGACACGCUAGAGGAACUGUGGAUUUCCUACAACCUGAUAGAGAAGCUAAAAGGAAUUCAUGUUAUGAAGAAGCUCAAGGUCCUCUACAUGUCUAACAACCUGGUCAAGGAGUGGGCUGAGUUCGUGAAGCUAGCUGACCUUCCAUCCUUAGUGGACAUGGUGUUUGUUGGAAACCCCCUGGAGGAGAAGUACUCCGCUGAGGGGAACUGGCUAGAAGAGGCCACCAAGAGGCUGCCCAAGCUGAAGAAACUAGAUGGGAACCCAGUGAUCAAGGCGGAUGAUGAUGACGAGGGAGACAGUUAACACAUUCUAUUUAAUCUCUUACAGUUUACAGAUUGUUGUUUUUAAAAUAUUUUUAUUGAAAUGGUUUCUAUACCAGCAUCAUUGAGAAUCAAUCCACCAGGCAAUAUCCUAUUUGAUCUCUUUUUAGAUGUUAAAUAAGCUCAUUCCACUGGUUGGGAGAUGACCUCUCAUAGAAGCACAUUAAUGAAACUUUUACAGCUCCAUGGAUUUCAUGAAAUAAAAAGUAAUACGAAAGAGGUAAUACAGUUAAUGUUUGAUGUAUGUACAGUGGGGCAAAAAAGUAUUGUCAACCAUCAAUUGUGCAAGUUCUCCCACUUAAAAAUAUGAGAGAGGCCUGUAAUUUUCAUCAUAGGUACAUUUCAACUAUGACAGACAAA